ACAUCUCUCUCUUCAUGCACGCUCAAGGUUGAGAGAGCUCUCAUGAAGUUCUUCUCCCAAUCUCACUUCUACGACGACCCGUGGUCCAUCGUCACUCUUGCUUUCUUUCUCCGCUACCCAAAUCCAUAUGCUUCUCACGUUCUCUCUUGCGAUGUCGUUUCCCGGUCCUUCUCACCUUCCGGCACUCUACUGACAACUCGCCUCAUUCUCAAGCGCGGCGCAAUGCCGCGAUGGUUUCCCAAAGGCAUCAUCACUCGAGCGGAGUCGUGGGUCGUAGAGGAAACGGAAGUGGAUCCAUUUGGUCGAAUCGUCAGCUGCAAGACACGAAACUUGGACCAUGUCAAAAUCAUGCAGGUUGAGGAAACAGUUGUGUUCAAGUCAUUGCCGGACGGGACAACCCUGCAGCAUACUGAGGCCAGAGUUCGAAGUGGAUUUGGAUGGGGACUCACAAAACGAAUUGAAGCUCAUGGUCUUAAUAAAUUCAAGGCCAAUAUGCAACGAUCGCGUGAAGGCGUAUCCCUUGUUUUGCAGCUUCUCAGACAGUCUCGGCUCCAACCCAUGGCUAUUGGUGGACCGGAAAACUCCUUGAUAUUCCCCGCAGUGUCAUCACCACCGACUGUCCAGUUUGAAUUAAGCGAAACGACCCCACGAGCACAAAAUUCAUGGUCGUCACGGCUCAAGGCCUGGCUUCGUCGAGAUUAG